UUUCAGGACACCGAUGCAACAGUGAAAUCCUAUUGCCUGAAAUGGGUUUGCUUACAAUUUUGAAGAAACAGCGUUUAAAGGAGAAAGAACUACGAAUAUUAGUUCUAGGUCUAGAUAACAGUGGGAAAACGACUGUAGUGAAGAAACUGAACGGCGAAGAGAUCGAUGAAAUUGCACCAACUUUUGGUUUCAAUAUCAAAACAUUAGAAUAUAAAGAUAUGAAAUUGAACAUGUGGGAUGUUGGUGGUCAAAAAAGUUUGCGGUCAUAUUGGCGCAAUUAUUUCGAACAAACAGACGGUGUUAUAUGGGUUGUGGAUUCUGCUGACAUUGAUAGAAUGGAUGAUUGUAAGCGUGAACUUGGAUCAUUACUGGUGGAAGAAAGGCUAGCUGGAGCAUCACUCUUAGUUCUUGCCAACAAACAAGAUCUGUCAUCCAGUGCAGGCUCAGGAGAAAUUGAAGAGUUAUUGGGUUUGCGCAACUUAAAGUCACAUCAUUGGAAUAUAUAUGGAUGUAGUGCAUUUACUGGCGAAAAUCUGCUUGAAGCAAUUGAUUGGUUAUGUACUGAUAUCUCUUCUCGGUUAUUUACCUUCGAUUAAUUUAAUACCAGAAUGUUUUUGGCUUUUUCUUGCUAUUUGAAGUUAUUAUAUACAUCAUUUGCUUUAUGCCUUGCGCAGAAAACAAAAAUGUUUUAAACCCAGUUAAGCUUUGACGACAAUAUCCCUCUUACCGGUGACUGUUUAGAAUAGAAUGCUUACGAUGCAUCACUAUGUAGUGUGA